CCCGAACCACAAGCUUGUAAUUGGAGUCCAAUUGGUUAAAAACCGGUGACAGCGUUCUAGAACGACUGAGGCAGAUAUGUCGAUGCUUUGGGAGAAGAGCGAGACAUGGAGGUGGCUGGUAAGGAGGACGAAGGAGUCCAAGCCGUUCUUCAUCGCAUUCGCCACCGUGUGCGGCGUCGUUCCAGCCGUCAUCGGGUACACCGUCAUGCAGCUUACUAACUCCGGCAAUCCAGAACUCGAAGCCAAGCUUCGCCGCGAUGCUCGGCCAGAAAGCUUAAUGAUGGGAAAAGUUAAUAAAGAGAGGCUGGCAGAGUAUCUCGGAGAGCUGCAAAGGAAGGAGAACACAAAUGACAGAUACAUUGCUGCUUUAAAAGGAGAGACAUUAACCAGAAAUCCUUAUGUGAGGAUUCAACCCGUUCCUGCCGCUGAGAAUAAAGUUGAGAAAAAGAAGUAGGUUUGUACUUUCACCAUUUUGCUUUCCAUAUGUAUUAUCCUAUACUCUCACUAGAAGAGCUAUUGCCUUGUUAUUUUGGUGAUGCUUAUUUUUUUCUGCCAAGGUUUUGAGAACGUCAUAAUAUUAUCUAAAGUUGUGCACAAUUUGGUGAAACCUACCGAGUUCCUAUUGUCCCAAGCUUAAAUUAUACGUUUCUGAAGUGUUUGGUUGGAGGGGAUGGAAAGUGAUUCCCUCCCCCUGUGUUUAAUAACAUGAUAACCCCACC